AUGGAGUGGGUACGUGGUGGAACAAUCGGUCAUGGAAGCUUUGGGAUAGUUAAUCUUGCAAUACCCAGAAGCCAGAGCCCACAAAUUCCUCCAUUAAUGGCCGUGAAAUCUUGUGAUGCUUCACACUCUAUUUUGUUGAUGAACAAAAGAUGGUUUAUGAGAGUUGAAUUUGGGUUGGUUCAAGAUGUGGGAAAUAAGUUUGAUGCAGAUCCUGAGUAA